AUGAAUAUCGCACCACACAAGCAGCUGUUGCCACAGUAUUGGAUAAUCUCUGCCCGCAAUCAAGUUUGCCGCAUAAUACAUCAAUGUGUCAUUUGUAACCGCUUUUGCCGCACCAACCUACAGCAACGUAUGGCCCCGCUACCUGCUGAACGAGUCACCGCCAAUAGACCAUUCAAUUUAACUGGCUUGGACUUUGCUGGUCCUUUCUCAUGCAAAACAUCUUUAUUGAAACGCACACAAACAACAAAAGGUUAUCUGUGCAUAUUUGUAUGUUUGACCACCAAAGCUACUCAUCUAGAGUUCCUGUCCUCGAUGUCUGUCAACAACUUCAUCGCCGCUCUACACCGAUUUAUUGCCCGCAGAGGUGCGUCGCACACUCUGUUUUCAGACAACGCUAAGACUUUCACAUCCACCGCAAGAAAAAUGUAUGAGUUAGAAAACCUCUUGAAGACGAUGCCCUCUGAAGUGAAGUGCUUUCUGUCUAAUUACGGCAUAAACUGGAAGUUCAUUCCCCUUAUGCUCCGCAUCAAGGAGGCAUAUGGGAAGCCGCCGUCAAAUCCGCCAAAACACUGCUACACCGCUGUAUUGGGGACACAGCUCUUACAUACGAAGAGUAUGACACCAUUUUCGUUAGAAUUGAAAGUAUUCUAA